AUGUCCCGAAGCCUAUGGCCACUUUUGCAGUGUUUGGACGACUCCUUCUACAGCUCCGGCUGCAAGAAAUCCGUGUUCACGACUUUGAAGCCCUAUGUCUUUGACUAUUAUUACGAUUACGACACCGUAUGUCCCGAAGCCUAUGGCCACUCAUUUAUCUAUAAAUUAAUCUUCAAUAUUAUGGCGAUUCUCGUUGUUAUCGACUCGAAUAAUAGCAGUACUCGAAGGCAUCUAAAAUCAAGUUUGGCGUCCAAUGCCUGCAACGCUUCCAAUGCGCCCAACAUUAGUGCCUAUGAAUCAGAGACUCACAAAUCAGGUCGAGUGAGGAGUGAAGAGAGGGAUGAGAGUCAUGCCAUCACAACCACUGCCAACACCAUUGCCGGACCCAAAGGCUUAUCGCAAGACUCCCCCGAAUGGCACAAAACUGACAAAGACUUCGCAUUCAAUUACCAACAAAGCCAACAGCCAUUUGACGCGAGAGAGUCCAGAGAGUCCAUACAGAACCGGAUCCAGAAGUACUACAAACAGCAAUACUUUCACGAUUCAGAUGUGAAUUUAAGGCACUCGUCGACACAGCACUUGUCAUGGAUUGCACCGAACGGUAAUGAGAUUGAGAUAGAAGUGGACAGGAUUUACGAGAAUAUGCGCGACAUAUCCACAGCGCUGACCAACGCUCAGCAGCGGCACCAAAAUCGCCGCAACUCAUCGGCCAAUUGUAAUAACUUAUACGUAAAUAAUGGCAGCAAUUUAAGUGAUAAUAACAAUGUUGUUAACAAUAAUAAUCGGAAACUCACUAAAGACAGUGGGUAUGAGUCGGCCUCCGCUUCGAUACCAAAUUGGGGGCCAAUCAAUGCCAAUGCAAACAAUGCCAACACAGUAUCAAACAGUUAUUUCCACUCGCGUUCCGAUUCCAACACCUCCUCCAUCUCUAAUGGGGGUCUCAGUCCCAGAACUGCUGCCAUUCCUACCAAAAGUGCAUAUCAUUAUUGUGAUCAGUGGUCGGCCGCCAAAUCGACUUCAAAUCUUGCGCUUCAGGUGCACAUUAGUGGGAGCCGUCGGUCGAGUUUGUCUGGUUCUGCACAUCCCUAUCCGGAGCCGACGGCCAACACUGCAAAGUCAGUACUGCCUGCGAAGUCAGUGCCGGGAAAUCUGGAUCGCGAUUCUGAUGAUAAUAUAGUGAAAAAGAGAUCUCAUAAUCGAAACAAUCCGACGCCAUCGUCGGUCUAUAGCCUACUGGCGUCCAAAUCGGGUCUGGAUUUCGCACCCGUACUCAAGUCUAACCGCAAGUCCUGUGGUCCCAGUUUUGCCGAUAACUCAAUCGUCACUAAAUAUAAUGAACGCGUUUUCUCCAAGAAUAACGAAUCAAACGGUUCUCAGUUCUGGAAAAUGCGAGACAGAAAUAUGAUGACAACGUAUGGCACCGAUCGAUACGAUACGGACGACUCGCCUCCGCCCACACCUCCCGUACGGGACUCUAGUUUGUCGUCGAAUCGUAAAUUAAAGUGUGAAUUACCGGUCAAUGAGACCCAAAACAAGCUAAGGGACGACUCUUCGGGCAAAGAUUGUCAUUACUAUAAGAAUAAUAACUCUCCCUUCUAUAUGAAGAGCUAUUCGGAAAGCCGUGGUGUCAGUCAUAUCGGGUGCUCUAAAAGUCUAAUUAAUCUUAGAUCUAAAUUCGACGAGAGCUCCGAUUUGAAGCAAUUCAGUCAAACCUAUCCAUUGCUUCCCGAAACUGAGUUCAACGACAAGUCUUCUCAAAUGCAAGAGUCGUGGUCUUGCGACCAAUCGGUCACUUCCGGCGUUACAUCACUGGUCACUACAUCCGACUAUUUCACUGCCUCUUCAUCAGUGAUCACACACUCGCCCUCUUUGUCCUCAUUGAGCACAACGGCCACAAACACAACCACCGCUUCGUAUAAUAACAGCCGAAAUAGUAUCGCAUCGACUGGCAGUUCGUCACAAAUCGCCAAAAGCUCUAAAGUAGUCCAACCGAAGAGGGAGUCCGCGAGUGUGCUAUACGUGGAAAAGUCGGGCUCCGGUUCGCCCUCUAAUACAUCUCAUAGCCUUAAGUCCGAAGUUCCUCCUCCGCCGCCACCAAAGCUCAAUUUGGGUGACUUUCACGACAAGGACUCUCCCAUACGUCGGUCGACGACAAUGGCUCCUAUUGUGUCCACUUCUCGCACUGUCGAGACAUCGAAGUCUCACAGAGCGUCUGAUCCAGAGAUCAAAGCCAUUCAAAAGCGAGCUCUCUAUCAGUUUUAUUUAAAGCAGAAGCAAAAGGAGAAGCAAGAGAUUAGCAAUAAAUUGAAUAAUAUUAAUAACGGUUCGGUUGUUAGCAGUAAUUCAUCGCUCACUGCAUCCGCUGUCGAGGAUAACAGUCAGAUCUCUUCACGCAAAGUACAACUCGUUGUUCACGAAAACAUCUAUGAAAACAGUGGUACCGCUCACUCCAUGUCCACACAAACACCGCCACUGCCGUCGCCACCGCUUCCGCCGCCACCGCAGCAAACGGUGGCCGAUAUUGAGUUUGACGGCGAGUUCCCGUUACCGCCGCCGCCGACCGCACACGAGUGCGAACCCAAAAGUGCCACAACUCUAAGCCAUUCCCAAUCGCAUAACAUUGAUAUCUGUGAUCCUUAUGUGUCGCCGAACAGCAAAUCCUAUCAACGCUCGACAUCUUCGCCAAAAGAUGAGUCACUUCCGGCCCAAAGAUCCGCAGACGUGUGGCACAAGUCAGAGAUGGUCUCCCAAACAAGUGAGCCGUUGCGUCGACACAGCGGUGCGUCGGCUAAAGAUGUGACAACACAUGAGAAAAAGCCGUCACUGGAAACAUGCGAACCCAUGUAUGAGAACUCUGUUUCGGUGCCAAUAAAUCAGACGACAGCUACUCGUGAAUUACAAGAACAACAACAACAGAGCGGAACCAAUAAAUCGAUAGAAUCGGUUGAACCGGAUUCAGUGGUUCCCUGGGCUUACUCUAAGCUAUGGCCGAAUGAGAAAUGUGUGAAAACAGGGUUUUAUGAGUGCGACAGCAGCUUUAUAUCAUCGCCUAUAGUGGCGGCCAAUGCUUUCAUUGGCGAAACCGGUGUCGCGCCAACUAAUGAAGAGUUAUUGACCAAUAAAUCGGAUAUAAUCUCUAGACUGAGCAGAAAAUUGGAUGUUCUUCGCAGUGAAGAGAUGGCAUUAACACAAGACGUGGACUCUAAUGAGAUAUUAGGACAACACGUGAGGACAAAACUGAAAUCACUGGGCAUUACAGACCAGGAAUCAGAGAAAAUCAAUUUGCAUUGCGAAGAGAUCGAGAAAGUGACUCGACUUUUGCUAUCCAUUAGCUCUCGGCUUCAAUUCAUCGAAACACAAAUCCAUGAAAGGAGUCGUCAAAAAUGUUUAGCAAAUGAAAGCCAAUGCAAACAUAACUCAAUGGAGAACUCAAUGGCUUUCGAGUCAACACUACAGACACAGACAUUCACUCAAAAUGAUUUACAACAGAUUAGAGACAAACAAAGCAAACAAAACGCCUUUUCAUCCAAUAAUUUGUUUGAUGAGAUCCAGUCAUUAGUUUGCAAACGACAGAAACUAUUGGAUCAGUUAGAAGAGGCUCUUCAGCUACGCGUAUGCAUUGAUGACAGGAACCAAUCCAUUGAAAAGAAAAUUAUCAAAAAAUAUUUUAAAGACAAUUAUGAAAAUCUCAAUGAAUUUCUAGAAUUUAUAAAAUUAAAAUCAAAAUUAAUUGUAAACAUCCGAGAAGUGAAGGAUAGGAUCCUAAUGGGAGAGAAGCAUCUCUGCGCCCUUCGAGCCUCUUCUUAACCCAUACCAUACCCUUCCCUCCCAUCCCUCCAUCCCUUUCCCCACAAACCAAACACUAUAUCUUUAAUAUAAAAAUCGUUUCUAUUUUUUCUUAGUUUUUAAUUUUUACAAAUCAAUUAUUUAAUUAAAAUCUAUUAUAAUUUUAUUGCUAUUAAAAACUAAUUAUAUUAUUCAUUACGAAGUAAAUUACACUUAAUUUAAUUUUUAAUUUAAUUUUAGUGCC